AUGUUCAAAAAUACGCGUCCUACACUUGGUGGAGUAGGCAUGCGAUUGAUGCAGAAAAUGGGUUGGCGACCAGGUGAGGGGCUUGGUCCUAAUGGAAUGGGUGCUACUGAACCACUGUUGAUGGAUGUCAAGAAUGAUAGGAAAGGCCUGGUAUCGCAGGAUGAUAAAGGUGCAGAAUCUGUUCCUGUAAUGAAGUCCGCUGGUGUGCCAGGUUGUUCAAUUUUAUGCCUUUGUUGUAAUAUUCAUGUUUUAAUAAGUAUUCCUUCUUAA